AUGUCCGAUCCUCUCAACUCUUUCGAAUACUCUGUGGGGGACCAGGACUUUGCUGAAUUGGAAGACCAACCCGAUGACCCUGUGGUGGAGGAGGAUGACGGGUGGAAUAACGAUACCGCCACGUCCAUCGGAGCAAACGAUCAACUACAUGAUCAGACUCAGCAAUAUCAUCCUGAAGCCACACUCGAACAACAUCUUCCCGAAGCGAACCCUUCAUCUCCAUUCCCAAACUUGUGUGCCCUCGAUGACGCCUACUCCCAGGCUUGGAAUGAUUUCAUGCAGGAUCCUCCGUUGGAUGGAAUCGAUGCGGAGCAUGACGAAGCUGAAGCGCCACAAGACCCAGCUACCGGUGAAGGCGGAGGUGGGGAGCAAGCAGAUGAACUGGGCGCGGAGGAUACGGUGAAUCGAAGCAAACGUCCGAUUGAGGAUGCUGCUGAGCAAUCAGCUGCGAAGCGUCAGCAUUGGUCUGAAACGCCGGUAGCAGAAGGGGAGGUGCAUGGGCAGCAAGAUGUCUCAGCUGUCGACAGCGAUCAUUAUCUCGACGUAACCGCCGGUCGGGUAGCUGCGGCAGGCUUUGCUGUGCCCACUACCGAAAGAGGGGUGGGCGAUGAAGGCUACCCGCACGAUAGGAUGGUUUUGUUGCAAGGCGGAGACUUGGAUCUGGGGCCGUAUGGCUACUCAUCUUCGUCGAUCUUCUCCUUCGGCUCUCAGCAAGCGACGGCAGGGCAGCAGCAGCAGCACUACCUUGAGAACGAUUCGCGGCCGCUGAACGAUAUUGUCUUCGAAGCACAGCAACCCGUCCAUGCUUUCGACACAGAGCAGCCAUUACAUGCUUUCAACGAACAGCAGCCAGUCCAUAAUUUCGACGCACAGCAGCCCGUCUAUGCUUUCGAUGCACAACCGCAAAGAUACAACUUCAAUGCAGCUCUCGAACAGCCCAAUCCACACCCGGGCUUCCCAGGAGACGUAGACCCCACGCGGCAAGGCUGGGAUACCCACAGCGAUCCGAUGGUUCCCAACGGACCUUCGGAAGCGAUCGAUGAAGCGUGUGCGGGUGCGGGUGCAGAAGUAGCGAGCAGCGAUACUCUAGAAGCACGUAUGCGAGCGGCUCUCGAAGCGGAAUUGGGCAUCGGAGUGGAGGCUGGAUCGAUCGAUCCGCAGCUGCUGCAGCAGGGCUAUAAUCAAAGUCAACCUCAACCCGAGAAUCCAGCUUACCUUUCCAAUUACCACCCGUAUCAUUCAAGCCAACACCUCCCGUCUUCAUCUUCCUAUCAUUCCUCAUCGGCAUACCCCGCCCCACCAAACCAGCCAUACCAUCCUCCUUUCGCACCCCACCCUCCCUUCCCACCUCACCAACCGCAAGUUCCACAACAACAUCCUCCCUUCCCCUUCUCCCCUCAACAGCUACAACCUCCACGCCGUGUGAACCGCCCCACCCACACCCGGCGGUCCACCACAUCUCCCACACCCACCCAGCGCGGCAACAACGAAGGAAUCUGCCUCGACUGCCACAAACCCUUCCGCCUCUCCACCUCCCCAGGCCGCUGUAAACGCUGCGGUCAAAAAUUCGAACGUCGGACCGCUCUGCCACCCUUUUUCGUCCUCGAUCCGGAAGUUCCGACGCUGGAAGCUGCGAGAAAUGUUCUCUUCCCUGUAGUGGAGGGGAGGGAGGUGGGUGAGAGCUGGGACGGUGUGUUGCGGAGUUUUGUGGAUGGGGUUGAGGGGGGGGAGGGGCGGUGGGGAAGGGAGGCGGAGGAGAGGGCGAUGGAGUGGGGUGUGCAGGAGUGUUUGGCGGGGGUGAAUGAGGUUUGUCGCCCGCCUCUCUCGUCUGAAGAAGCGGGUUAUGGUGGUGGAGAUGAAGUGCAGGAUCCUUCGACGACGCCUUGGGCUCUCAACCAGCAGAAGACGCUGAAUCAGAAAGCGAAAAUGCUGGGAGAGUCGCUUUACUCGCCUUCGCACGUCACUGCGCGGUUGAGGGCGUUGACGGCGGAGGUUGUGAAUUUCCACUCUUCCAGCAACGAGGGCCAAGGAGAUCAGGAGGUACAGGAGAGGAGGGUCUUCUACCCACUCGGCGGCGACACGUUGGGCUACGGGGAGGAUUUGUCGCUGGGAUUCAGGGAGAGGGUUGGUGUGAUGAGAGAGGUGUUGAGGAGGGAUAAGAGGGUUGUGAUGGAUGUGUUGGAGGGGAGAGGAGUGAGAGGUUUCGUGGGAGCGCCGUGGUCGUACCACAAGCGGAAAGACUCGAACAAUGGGUGUAAUGAGAAGAAGAAGACGAUGGCGCAGAUUGCGAGGGACGAGGUUGAGAGGAGGGAGGGUGAGGCUGGGGUUGAGAGGCCGGCGAGGAAGACGAGGGCGAAGGGGAAGGGCAGAGACACUAAUGGGAGGAAGGAGAGUAUGCUGAGUGUUGUGAGGAAUGUGGAGGAUGAGGAUGAUGCUGAUGCUGAACUGGCGAGAACGACAAGGCCGACGAGAGGUGGAACACGGCGGAGGAGGGGGUUGAGGUCGAGUUUGGGUGGACGUGGCGGGAUGGAAAGUGGUGGCGGUGGAGAGGAGGAUGGUGAUGGCGACGAUGAGCUUGGAGAAUAUCGGAGGUUCUUUUGA